UUUCCUUUUGAUAAUUUAAUCAGGUUAUUUAAUCAUUAGGUUUGGACAUUUGGACAGUUGGUCGGACAAAACAAACAUUGUAAAGGUGUCACUUAGCGCUCUUGGUAAUUGUGACAGCAUUUCAUUAUUUUCACCAUUAUUAGAAACCAGAUUAAUCCCUAAUGAAAACAAUCAUUAUUUGAUAGCACAAAGUGAGCUCCACCUCAACCAACUGCAACAGAAAAAUCCUGCUUUGACAUGAAAACAUGGGUAAUAAUAAUCUAAUAAUCUAUAAUAGCUGUUGUCUGCUUUAAGUACUUUUACUUUUAAUACUUAAAAUAUAUUUUUUUCUGACUUUACAUGCGUAUUUUUACUUCAGUAACAUUUUCAAUGCAUGCCUUUUACUUGUAACUGAAUAUUUUUUACAGUGUGGUGUUAGUACUUUUGUUUAAGUAAAAUAUCUCAAUGCUUCCUCCACCACUGGAGCUGAACCAUGGCUAUCUCAAUAGUUUGGUCCUGAUAUGUUAUGGGAUGUUAGGACAUUUCAAACUCCUCACAGAGAGACAAAAGUGUCUUCUCUCUGUCAUUUGUCUCGUCCAAACUCUGCCGGUGUCAGCCUCUUUCUUCUUUCUCCUCCUCAUUAGCAGAAACAGAAUGAAUAUUCCAAUUAGGGACUGUCAGUUGUCUGCGCCAAAAGCAUCCUCACAUGCUGUCAACUGGAAACAUUGGACAGAAGAUUGGUGAUGGUUGCAGUGGUCAAACAAAAGAGCAUUAAAGAGGUGGAGCCAUUCCAGACUUCCCAAGUGCAGAGCAAAGAGUUCAGCUUUUUUUCUGAGAGUAUCCGAGGUCUUGCGGGGGCAGAUCAGAUAACAUUUACUGUUACGGGUUCAUGAGCAUGUGGUUUCUUUAUUAGUGGAGGAUGAGGAAUGUUAAUUCAAUGAACUGUGCUUAAACUUGAAAGUGGCUUGUUGUAUGCUGUGGAGUUGUACAGCAGCGGCAACAACAUUCGAAAAAAAUGUAAUCUUAGACCAAUAUUCACUUGAUAUCUUUUUACAUAUAUAUUCUUGUGAAAAUGAAGAAACACGACACUACUUGGGCUGUAUGUUGUGAAAUGUACCUAUUUAGUGCUCCUGGUGAUUACAGUAACAUAUAUUAGUGAAAGGGCAGGAUAGCAGGAUGUCAAGGGGGAGCCACUUACUAAUGUUAGUCUUAGUCUCAACAUUAACAUUAACAUUAGUCAAGUCGGUUCUUGAUUUUAAAUACAAUGGUGGUAGCACCUCUUAGGAUCCAUAGACUUUGGAAUGACUUGUAAUGCAAAUGUCCCCGCUGUGGGACUAAUAAAGGAUUAUCUUAUCUUAUAUCAGGGCAGCAUGCAUUGUUUCUUUGUUUGUUUAUUUUAGCACAUCGGUCCCCCAGAAGAUAACCAAAAGAGGGGUGGGGGAAGUGAUGAAAAAAAAGGUUAACAGGAAUAGUGUGGUGAAGAAGAAGAAACAGAGCACACAUCUGGGUCACAUUUGAUUUCUUUAGCUUACUUACUUGGAUCUGUUUUCUUGUUUUUGUGAAGCACUUGAAUAGGUUACUAUUAAUAUGAUCAAUGUCCCCAUAUAAAAGAGAAACAAUGUGCACUUUAAUGCAAAACCAAAUUAUUACCUCAAAAUGAGUUGAUUCAACAGUCUAACAGCAUCACAAAGGUAUUGCAGGGCUGUCGUAUCGGGUUGCAUUAUGCUGUACAAAGGACAUCCUGUUCAUUCCUCUCUCUAAGCUGCAGUUAUCAACCUCGACCAAAGAAAUCCUUAGUCCACCAACACUGAUUUGAUUCUGCUGACUAGAUUAGUUGAUUUCAUAGACAGAUCUGUAAAACAGAGUUUCUCCACAAUGAAUCGCUCAAGAGCACCUCUUUAAAUCUCACUGGUAAAGUGUUUACCAGUGAUCAUAAAUUGUGUUCAUACGUUUUUGGGGAAAUAAGUCAUUCAGCAUGGAAAAAGCAUGAAAAACGACCAAAUACAUUUUUGUUGACUAUGACCUUAACAACCAAUUAGUCAACUAAAUGACUAAAAGGGGGCAGCACUUGAAAAAACCCCCACAAUGUUUCAUGUUUCAAUUCAUUUUUCUUAUUUUUGUUCUUAUUUCUAAGUAUUUUUUGACUUAAUUAAGAAAUAGUAACUCCUACUUUUGACUUGGUGUCUCAUAAAAAAAAUACAAGAAACUCUUGUAAUAGAGCUUUUUUUCUCGGCAGACAUUUUGACAUGUCAUACUAAAAAAAAAGCACAGAUGUAUUGGUAUUAAUUAGUUGUGAUGAAUGAACGAAUCUCCACCUUGAUCAGCUGCAACACCUAAGAAAUGUAAACAUUAAUGCAUUCAUAAUUACAAUCCAGUAAUAUGAUAUAUUCCAAAAUGGGCCAUUAUGACGCUGAUAAUGUAAUACUUUAACCUGAGUAAGAGUUUGAAUGCAGGACACACAUUUCUCCAACGUGAGUCCUCAUUACACCGCUAUGUGAGCCUCCACGGUGCUCCACGCUAUUACACGUGCGUUCCAUCAGAUUCCUCCGCUGCCGCUGUACGCUCUCGUACGCAUGCGCGCUGGAUGCAGUGUCAUCAUCACCAUCACAGAAGUAGCUCCAGUCCGUGUGAUGGUACCCCGAGCUGCUGGCGGAUCAGCGUGUAGCCAUUCGUGAAGAGCAGGGAGACACCGACCUCUCAGCCGAACCGAACCGAACCGAACCUCCGCCGGAGAAAGCCGAACCCCCCGAAACACCAGCUCGGUUCUGAGUCCUGAUCCCUGUACACCUGGUCUGGCCUUUCCUUCCCCUCUUCUUCUUCCUCGUGAGCAGACAUGCCUCCAGCGCCGGGUGGGCCUGUGGGGUACACCCCUCCUGAAGGUGGCUGGGGCUGGGCGGUGGUACUGGGCGCCUUCAUCUCCAUCGGCUUCUCCUAUGCCUUCCCCAAGUCCAUCACUGUGUUCUUCAAAGAGAUUGAGGUCAUUUUCGAUGCCACCCCUAGUCAGGUGUCCUGGAUCUCCUCCAUCAUGCUGGCUGUCAUGUACGCUGGAGGUCCAAUCAGCAGCAUCCUUGUGAACAAAUAUGGCAGUCGACCAAUCAUGAUGGCCGGAGGUUGUCUGGCCGGGUCGGGACUCGUCGCAGCCUCAUUCUGCAACACUGUGGGGCAGCUCUACUUCUUCAUAGGAGUAGUGGGAGGUUUGGGUCUGGCCUUCAACUUGAAUCCGGCCCUCACCAUGAUCGGUAAAUACUUCUUCCUUCGGCGUCCCAUCGCCAACGGCCUCGCUAUGGCGGGCAGCCCGGUGUUUCUGUCCACCCUGGCUCCUCUCAACUCCUGGCUGUACGAUGAGUUUGGGUGGAGAGGCAGCUUCCUCAUCCUGGGAGGACUCCUGCUCAACUGCUGCGUGGCCGGCUCCCUGAUGCGCCCCCUUGGACCCAAAGCUCAGCUGCCCAAACCCGACGCGGAGGCGGACGAGGUCAAGGCGGUGGAGCCGGUACAGCCGCAGCCCAAGAAGACGGUCCUGCAGACCAUCAACUCCUUCAUCGACCUGACACUGUUCCAACACCGCGGCUUCCUGCUCUACCUGUUCGGCAACGUCAUCAUGUUCUUCGGCCUCUUUGCUCCACUCGUCUUCCUCUCCAACUACGCCAAGAGUAAAGACAUCAGCAAAGAAAAAGCCGCCUUCCUGCUGUCGGUGUUGGCAUUCGUCGAUAUGUUCGCCCGGCCCUCCAUGGGCAUGCUGGCCAACACCAAGUGGGUCCGCCCAAGGGUGCAGUACUUCUUCGCUGCCGCCGUCCUCUACAACGGAGUUUGUCACGUGCUGGCGCCGCUGUCGGUGGACUACACGGGAUUCGUGGUGUACGCCAUCUUCUUUGGAUUUGCUUUUGGCUGGCUGAGUGCGGUGUUGUUUGAGACACUGAUGGACCUGGUGGGAGCUCAGAGGUUCUCCUCGGCCGUGGGUCUGGUCACCAUAGUGGAGUGUGGGCCGGUGCUGUUGGGCCCACCGCUAACAGGUAGCUUCUAUAACUACUACCAGCACUACGACUACACCUACAUCUCCUCUGGAAUCAUCCUCAUAGUCGCAAGUGUCGUCCUCUUUGUGGGAAUGGGCAUCAACUACCGCCUGCUGGCGCGAGAGAAGAAAGAGGAGGAGAGAAAAGAGAGGGAGGAGCCCAAGGAGGAGCGAACCGCCAUGUUAGCACCUGCCUCUCCGUCAAAAUCAGACGGGGAGGCGGAGGAGAACACAGUACCAGCAGCUAUCAUGCUGGAUGAAGUCGCUAAGAUGGACGAGGACACGGUGUAGAAAACAAA